CUUCGCUGUAGGCAGAGAGAGAGAGCGCUUCUUCCCUCCACAUCUAUCCCAACAUAAAAUUCCCUCGUUUUCUGCUCUCUCUAUCACUUUUCUCCUUCCUUCUUCCUCCUCUCUCUUUCUCUCACUAAAACCCUAAUCCCCCUUCUCUAACCGCCACUCUUCUCCCCGCAGAGAGAUCUCCCCAUCUAACUCCUUUUCGCCACGAUCCAUGUCCGGCGGCGCGCGAACCUCCCCGGGACCAUCUCAGCCGCCGCCGCCGCCGCAACAUCCGCCGUCAUCGUCCGUUCCCGUGGUACCGCCAAUACGUCGACACUUAGCGUUCGCCUCAACGAAACCGCCGUUCAACCCCUCGGAUUACCACCGAUUCGCCCCUCCCCACCUCACAAACAACGAUAGAAGCCUCGUCAACCUCUGCGGAGCCGUAGAUCGGGAAGACGACGUCGUCGUUCAUAGAUCUCCCUCACGGAAGAGGAAGACGACUACGGAUGUGGUUGCUGCUUCAUCUAAUAGUAACGGAUUCACGAGUUCUGGUUUCAGUACCAUAUCCAACAGUCCAUGUAAGACUCCUGUUUCAGCUAAAGGAGGCAGAGUCAACACCAAGUCAAAGGCCAAAGGAAACCAGUCAGUUCCCCAAACACCCAUCUCAAAUGCUAUUGUAGGUUCUCCUCCCACACUAACUCCUUCUGGCAGUUGUCGCUAUGACAGUUCUUUAGGUCUCCUUACAAAGAAGUUCGUCAAUCUAAUCAAACAAGCCAAAGAUGGAAUGCUGGACCUAAACAAAGCUGCAGAAACGUUGGAGGUGCAGAAACGACGUAUAUAUGAUAUUACAAACGUUUUGGAGGGAAUUGAUCUCAUUGAAAAGCCUUUCAAGAACCGAAUUCUUUGGAAGGGAGUUGAUACUUCAGGGCCUGGCGAUGUGGAUGCUGACAUAUCUGUCGUACAGGCAGAAAUUGAAAACCUUUCCCUCGAGGAGCAAGCGCUAGAUAACCAAAUCAGAGAAACAGAGGAAAGAUUAAGAGAUCUGAGCGAAAAUGAAAAGAAUCAGAAAUGGCUUUUUGUAACUGAAGAGGACAUCAAGACUUUACCGGGUUUCCAGAAUCAGACUCUGAUAGCUGUCAAAGCUCCUCAUGGCACAACUUUGGAAGUCCCUGAUCCAGAUGAGGCGGUUGACAGCCCUCAAAGGAGAUACAGGAUCAUACUUAGAAGUACAAUGGGACCUAUUGACGUAUACCUUGUCAGUGAAUUUGAGAAGAAGUUUGAAGAAACAAAUGGGACAGCUGCACCAGCAGCAUGCUUGCCUAUUGCUUCUUGCUCGGGAUCUUCAGAAAACCAUGAAAUAGAAGCCUUAACUGUUGAUAAUAAAGGAACUGAUAAUGAGCAUCAUCAGGUGUCUCAAGAUCAUGCACAUGCUCAACCCGGCGAUGCCUCUGAUCUUAAUUAUUUGCAGGAACAAGUAGGAGGAAUGCUUAAGAUUACUCCCUCUGACGUCGAAAAUGAUGAUACAGACUACUGGCUCCUCUCCAAUGCGGACAUCAGCAUGACCGAUAUCUGGAAAACCGACUCUGGUAUCGAUUGGGAUUAUGAAAUAGCUGAUGUGAGUACACCACCACCGGUAAUGGGUGAAAUAGCCCCAACCGGUAUUGACUCAACCCCGAGAUGAUGCAAGAAGAUCAAACACGCAUCAUCACAACAACACUUUUAGCUCCCAAAUCAAAGCCAAGGCAAGGAGGGAGCAAAUACAGAAACGUGUAUGAACCAAUGGCAGGUGCGUACCAUACAAUGUACUAUUAAACUAUGUUCUCAUUUAUCUCUAGAGAGUUGGUGUAACGAGUGACAAUGUAGAGGAUUACUUGUUAAGAGAAACUAAUGUAAGUUCAAGAGAGAGAGAUAUACUUCAUUGGCCGCUGCA